AUGACCAUAGCGCUUACAGACGAAAGUCAUUCGAAUUUAUGUUGUAUUGUAGCACAUUCAGUUUUAGUAGAACUUAUUGGUUUAACUCCUCAAGAAGCUGAAGCUAUUCGUGCUAGUCGGGACAAAGUGCGUCGAAGAGAGGGGACACGGCGUCUUAAAUCAGUUCAAGAAUCGAUGGAACGUUUAGACAUAAUUUGGGAAAUUGAAUUCUUCGCUAACGGGAAAUCAACUCCUGUUAUAAGGAAUAUGAAGACGUGUGCUCAAAAACUUGGGUUGUUCGAUUAA